AAAAGACUACUAUUAUCUUGAAAUUAAGGAUGAUAUUUAUAUAGAUCCUAAUAUGUAUGCUAAAGUUUGUUUUUAUUAUGAAAAGGUGUUGAAUUAUGUAUGAGAGGAAUAUAGUGAUGUUCACAAGGAAAAAGGAGAAAAGGACCCUAUUUAGGAGCAGAGAUAAAUCUGAGACAACCACGUAUAUCAUAAAUGAAAUAAUACUGAUCACAAAUCAAUAAUUAUUUAAGCUAGGCAUAUGAUGCUUAAUCAUGGAAUUUUAAUUUAUUUCAUCAAAACGAAUUUUUCUGUGCAGUGAAAAGGCGGAAGUACUGUGGUUUGUGUUACGCUUCUUCAACAGGAAGAUGAGAUUAGAGCAUUUAUCAUAUCUUUCUCAGGGAUCAAAAUUGACUGGGCAUCUCUAGUUUCAAUCUUAAAUUGGGAACUCAAGACAUGUCUAAAUUUUCUGGUUUUGUAGGGGGCUUUAUCCACAAGAUCAGGACCUUCCUUCUCUGAUCAGAGAUGACGGAAUCCAACAAAUAUAACUUUGAACUGGUAAAUCAGGGUACUUCUACACGAUGGCGCAAGAGAAGAACUACAAAAGAAUGUGGAGAAAACUCAUCUGCAUUUUUCCUUGCCCGGUCCAUUGCUAUAGCUUUGGGGAUCCGUUUCAUGGUAAUGGUAAUGAUAUGCAGUGCCACGAUCAUAAAUUCAUUUUUCAACCAAGGAGCUCCAAUUUCUUUGAAAGAAAGUUACUGUGGCCCAUGUCCUCAAAACUGGCUAUGUUAUAGAAAGAACUGCUACCAGUUUUUUAAUGAAAGCAAAAGUUGGUACCAGAGUCAAGCUUCAUGUAUGUCUCAAAAUUCCAGUCUCCUGAAGAUAUACAGUAGAGAGGACCAGGAUUUCUUUAAAUUGGUGAAAUCAUAUCAUUGGAUGGGACUAGUGAAAGUUCCAACAAAUGGAACCUGGCAAUGGGAAGAUGGCUCCAUUCUUUCACCUAGCCAAGAGGAAUGUGAAUAAUGUACAUACAAACCGGGGUUCUGUCAAUGACAACAAGGACCGUGUUGUUUCUUAUCGAAUCCAAGAACAUCAAACAAGCAAACGUGCAGCCCUCUCGGGGUUCCCCUUGCCGCGCAG